AUGUCUUCGUUUUUGAUUAUUCUGUGCUGUGUCGCCAGUGUCUGCACUAGCCAACCUGAUCUCAAAGCGAAUUUGGUGGCCGGUCACUCGCGAAAGACGUUUCGACCAGCAGCACAUGACGAUGCACUCGCUGCGAUCCUUGCCGACAUACAACAGCCAAAGCCAAUCGACAAGGGAGAGGUGGACGAACCACUGCAGAAAUUCACAAACAACUUUAUGGCGUCCGCCAGAGAGCAAUUGGAAGACGGCGAGGACGAUAAUGUUUUCAAGACACUUUGGUAUGACCCAAAUUACAAGGUGCAUGAUUUGUGCGAGAAAUCGAACUCCGGAGGACAAACUGGCGAGCUGAUAUGGACGGAACCUGGGGAUCGCCUUCUGAAGGUGAUCGGCAAUGGAGUGGUGAAGGAUGGUUACAACAUGUUCUUAGCACCCGGUCAAGCUCAA